UAUUCCACCGAACUGAAAAAGCUGUACUGCCAGAUCGCCAAGACAUGUCCCAUCCAGAUCAAAGUGAUGACCCCGCCGCCUCAGGGAGCCGUCAUCAGGGCCAUGCCAGUCUACAAGAAAGCUGAACAUGUCACCGAAGUGGUCAAACGCUGCCCGAACCACGAGCUGAGCCGGGAGUUCAAUGAGGGGCAGAUUGCACCUCCCAGCCACCUGAUCAGAGUGGAAGGGAACAGCCAUGCCCAGUACGUAGAAGACCCCAUCACCGGGAGGCAGAGUGUGCUGGUCCCCUACGAGCCACCCCAGGUUGGUACGGAGUUCACGACAGUCUUGUACAACUUCAUGUGUAACAGCAGCUGUGUGGGAGGGAUGAACCGUCGCCCGAUCCUCAUCAUUGUGACACUGGAAACCAGAGACGGCCAAGUCUUGGGCCGCCGAUGUUUCGAAGCCCGCAUUUGUGCUUGCCCCGGCAGAGAUCGCAAAGCAGACGAGGACAGCAUCCGCAAGCAGCAAGUCUCUGACAGCACAAAGAAUGGUGAUGGUACGAAGCGCCCUUUUCGACAAGGAACUCAUGGCAUACAGAUGACAUCUAUCAAAAAAAGGCGUUCCCCAGAUGAUGAGCUCUUAUAUUUGCCGGUUAGGGGACGGGAGACGUAUGAAAUGCUACUGAAGAUCAAAGAGUCUCUGGAACUAAUGCAGUACCUUCCUCAGCACACGAUUGAGACCUACCGGCAGCAGCAGCAGCAACAGCACCAGCACUUGCUCCAGAAGCAGACCUCCAUGCAGUCGCAGUCAUCCUACGGCUCCAACUCUCCACCACUCAGCAAAAUGAACAGCAUGAACAAGCUGCCCUCGGUCAGCCAGCUAAUUAAUCCCCAGCAGCGCAAUGCUCUGACCCCAACCACCAUCCCCGACGGCAUGGGAACCAACAUUCCCAUGAUGGGCACCCACAUGGCCAUGACCAGCGACAUGAAUGGCCUCAGCCCCACGCAGGCGCUGCCACCUCCCCUCUCCAUGCCUUCGACAUCCCACUGCCCCCCCCCUCCUCCGUACCCCACAGACUGCAGCAUCGUCAGCUUCUUAGCGAGGUUGGGCUGCUCAUCCUGUGUGGAUUAUUUCACGACCCAGGGGCUGACCACCAUCUAUCAGAUUGAGCAUUACUCCAUGGAUGAUCUGGUGAGUCUCAAGAUCCCGGAGCAGUUCCGCCACGCCAUCUGGAAGGGCAUCCUGGACCACCGGCAGCUCCAUGACUUCUCCUCCCCUCCCCACCUCCUGCGCACCCCCAGCGGCGCGUCCACCGUCAGCGUGGGCUCCAGCGAGACCCGGGGGGAGCGGGUCAUCGACGCGGUCCGCUUCACGCUCCGGCAGACCAUUUCCUUCCCUCCCCGUGACGAGUGGAACGACUUCAACUUUGAUAUGGAUGCCCGGCGCAACAAACAGCAACGCAUCAAGGAGGAAGGGGAGUGAGCCCCAUGGAUCCCGCCCUACCCCGCCUCGGCCACAAACUGCUCAGCCUUUCAUUUGUCUUCCUUCUGCUUGGUACUGCAUCCCUGGACAAAGGGCGCAGGGAACCUUCUUGCUCACUCGUGCUGGGUUAUGCCCUUGAUACUGUCUAGGUCAUACUCCUGGACCAUGACCUCCACCCCAGCUUUUGCAAGGGGAAGAGCUGAGUGCAGGGGGAAGGCAGGUGGUAUUUCCUUAAAAG